AAUCAUUCAGAUCAUAAGGCCUAUGGAGUCUCUGCCCCAAAAGACCAUCAAGUAGUCACAGCAAUAGAAUACCAAGAGGUUGUUUUAGCCUGUAGAAACCCAAGGAAGACCAUUUCCUUCAGAUUAGAGUGGAAGAAACUGGGGCGGAGUGUCUCCUUUGUCUACUAUCAACAGGCUCUUCAAGGUGACUUUAAAAAUCGAGCUGAGAUGAUAGAUCUCAGUAUAAGGAUCAAAAAUGUUACAAGAAAUGAUGCUGGGAAAUAUCGUUGUGAAGUUAGUGCCCCAUCUGAGCAAGGCCAAAACCUGGAAGAGGAUACAAUCACGCUAGAAGUAUUAGUGGCUCCAGCAGUUCCUUCAUGCGAAGUGCCCACUUCUGCUCUGAGUGGAACUGUGGUAGAGCUACGGUGUCAAGACAAAGAGGGGAAUCCAGCUCCUGAGUACACAUGGUUCAAGGAUGGCAACCGUUUGCUCGAGAAUUCAAACUUUGGCCCCCAAAGCACCAACAGCUCAUACACAAUGAAUAUAAAAUCCGGAACUCUGCAAUUUAACACUGUUUCCAAACUGGACAGUGGAGAAUAUUCCUGUGAAGCCCGUAAUUCUGUUGGAUAUCGCAGGUGUCCUGGGAAAAGAAUGCAAGUAGAUGAUCUCAACAUAAGUGGCAUCAUAGCAGCUGUAGUAGUUGUGGCCUUAGUGAUUUCCGUUUGUGGCCUUGGUGUGUGCUAUGCUCAGAGAAAAGGCUACUUUUCAAAAGAAACCUCCUUCCAGAAGAGUAGUUCUGCAUCUAAAGAUACUACAAUAAAUGAAAACGAUUUCAAGCACACAAAAUCCUUUAUAAUUUAAAAGAAUUCUACUUCUGAGUAUACCAAAAUCACAGUUGUUACACAGAUUAUUAAAUGAUUAUAAAACACUGCUUUGUCUUACAUUUGCAAAGAGGUAUCUGAGGAUAUGAAAUUGGUAUUUCAUUUUAAAUUUUAUGACCGCUAACUCACGUAAAAUUGUUAUUUUAUUAACACCAUGUUCUAACCGAGUGAGCUAACCAGCCAGCCCUGAAAUUGUUAUUUUAAACAAAUAGUUCUGUCAACACCUAAAAUACAGUCUGUCUUCUUGUGUUUGGACUGUUAAAAGGAUCAAAAUACUUUGUAAUAGCCUGAGGUUUGUGAGAUGUUAACAGUGUCCUAACUUCUAGAGAAAGUUACUAAAAUAUAUCAUGCUGAUUACAAAGUUAAUCCAUAGAGCAUGAAAAUAUAAAUUGCAUACACCCUCUGUGCAAGAAUCUGAUUUAGGGAGUUCAGAAAACUAUAACAAAUGCAAAAGCAAUCUCUGGUCUCACUUCUACCAGCAUCCUCUUUUCUCCCCUAAUAUAAUCCUUAGUCUGCUGUUCAUUUAUCACUAUUAUAUUCACAGAAGGGAUAUAGCAGGGUUGGGUCUUAAACCCAGGAAUCUGCACUUUGUGUUUCACUUCUGAGAACCAAAAGCAACAUGAAGAGAAAUACGCAAUGGCCAGAGCUCACAGCUCUGCACCAUAGGACUUACCUGGUGUGUGUCACUGAUUUCUUUAUUAAACAUAAUUUUGAGAGUCAACCACAAACCCAACGGUCUUAUUUCACCCCAAGAGCUGCUUGCUGCUGUUUCCUUUCCCUAAGACUUUGCAAGGAUCAGUGACCUCAACAUCAGAACUUGCCACUGGAGCCUACACAACCUCACAGGUACUUUUCCCUGCAUGAGUGGUGACCUCACACCUCUUUGUGUCUAAAAAUCCUGCAGUGAAAUUCUGGGCCGGGCCAAAUCCCUUGCUGUUAAGGCCAGGGGGUUGCCAGUCCUGCUUAUGGCAAAGCAGGAAUACGGAGGGAAGAAAUGGGUAUCUGACAAGUAAAAUGAGAUAAAAGAGUUCACUGUGACUCCCUGCAUUUGACAUCUUGCUUGAUACAAAGAGGGCACACAAGAAACAGUGGCUGAAAUGAAAAAUGGGUCUAAUCACCCAUUUCUCAACUGAUUAACCACAAAGACCUCCAGCUAGUGUUACAAUGUGAAAAUUCCAAUGAUACAGUUAAUAGUAAAAGCAAUUAGUCUGUGUUUAAAAGCAUUAUAAUUUAUAACUUACUUUGAUUCAGUUCAUAUUAAAAACAAAAUAUGGUUAAGGCAUGUCCUGUUCUUAGCAAAUCUGGAUGAAAAUGUUACUUACUACCUUUGACAACUUUGAACUUGAUUAAGCUGCUUUCAAAGGAUUCUACUCUUUCUACCCAGUGGGCAAAGCAAAUCUCAAGAAUACAUUGAACAAACAAAUGGAUAAGCACUCACUGAGUGCCUGGCAUGUGCCUGGACACCAAGCUACCAGGAAGAUGCCUGUUGUCAGACUGCUCCCCUUGACUUGUCUGUGAUAUUUGAUGCUUCUCACCCAACCUCUUUCUGGAAAUUGGGAUUCUGUAACAUGGCUCUGCCCCAAAGGUCAAAUUAUUACAAGUCAGGUGUCAGCAAACAUUUUCUAUAAAAGGCCGGAUAGUAGAUAUUGUAAGCCAUGUGGUCUCCCAGUUGCAACUACUCAACUCUGCCAUUGAAGCACAAAAGCAACUAUAGACAAUAACUAAGCAAAUGGUCAUAUCUGUGUUCCAGUAAAACUUUAUUUACAAACCAACAGGCACAGACAGGAUUUGGCCCACAGGCAUACUUUCCCAACUCAUGGUGGUGAAGAAUGAAAAAACACCUAUCUAUAAGCUUUUGUAAGAAAUCAGGCUAAAUGUUGCCUAUACUUUGAUUGGAAGAUUAGCUUUGGUUUGAGGAAUGCUUUCCUCUUGCAUUGCCAAGAGCUAAGGGGAUAUGUGACUCUCAAAGAUGCCUCUUGAGGCAUGCAUACUAUCACAUAAGAUCAACUUCUUCCAUUUAAACAACACAAAUCAUAAUGCGGGGGGAUGGGGCGGGGAAUAUGUAGUGCCUUAGGUUCACUAAUAGAUGAAAAGCUUUUUAAUGAACUAUAGAAAUGAUCCCUGAAAGUAUAGUCUUUGAAAAGCUUUUUAAGAUAUCAAAGGUAGGGGAUUCAUUCUUUGCAGUGUGAACAUCUAACGCUUUGUGUCAAAUAUGUAUUAUACAUUAUCUUAAAAUACUGUAUACAGCUAAGUAAAAAUCAAGAAUGCUUUCUCCCACACAAAGACAGUAUUGAGUACUAACUUUCUAAUUAUUAAAAGUAUAUCUGUCUGUGGGUCACUGGUGUCUGGACUUGUGUUUCCAUUUGCUUUUGUUUGAAGGACUUGAACACUGUACUGCUGGCAAAAUCCCAUUGUAAUUCUUAGAGCAUUUUGAUUUUAUUUUCCUGCAAUGAAGUUUUGUUAUAUAAAGAUUAGGGCUCUAGAAUCUUUAAUAGCAAGUUUUGGAUUGUUUUAUUUUAAUUAUUAUUGUUGCUGUUGUAACUGGAUUUUAGAUGGGGAUUUAGCCUAACUAAACCUGGAAUGACAUUGUUUUUCAACACAGCUUUGCAAAGAACUUCCUUCAUCCCACAGGUGGCUUUGUUUGAUUAAAAGUUUACAUUAAUAAAAAUAGCUGAACUUGU